GACCUGUCAUCUUCGCUCCUCCCCGGUCGUUAAACCCCGGAGACUCCGAAGUAGGGUUUUAUAGUUUCAACAGCCUGCGAAGCUCUUCCCCCCCUGAACCAGACACAGUCUCUCUCUCUCUCUCUCUCUCUCUCUCUCUCUCUUCUCUCGCGCCACGGCAGCUGCCAAAUGCGAUGGUGAAGGCUUACCUGAGGUACGAGCCGGCGGCGGCCUUCGGGGUGAUCGCGUCGGUGGAGUCCAACAUCGCGUACGACGCCUCCGGCAAGCACCUCCUCGCCCCCGCGCUCGAGAAGGUCGGCGUCUGGCACGUGCGGCAGGGCGUCUGCACCAAAGCCCUAGCCCCUUCCGCCUCCUCCGCCGCCGGACCCUCCCUCGCCGUCACCGCCAUCGCCUCUUCUCCUUCGUCUCUGAUUGCGAGUGGAUAUGCUGAUGGUAGCAUACGGAUAUGGGAUUUUGAGAAAGGUUCUUGCGAGACGACACUGAAUGGCCAUAAAGGGGCUGUCUCUGUACUCAGAUAUGGCAAGCUUGGAUCUUUACUCGCAUCUGGAAGCAAGGACAAUGACAUUAUAUUGUGGGAUGUAGUCGGAGAGACUGGUCUUUACCGCUUACGAGGGCAUCGCGAUCAGGUUACCGACCUUGUCUUUCUAGAUUCUGACAAGAAACUCGUUAGUUCCUCCAAAGACAAGUAUCUCAGAGUGUGGGAUCUUGAAACACAGCACUGUAUGCAGAUUGUUGGUGGUCAUCACAGUGAAAUCUGGUCCCUGGACACUGAUCCAGAAGAGAGAUAUCUCGUCACAGGGUCUGCAGAUCCAGAACUUCGAUUUUACACUGUUAAGAAUGAUUCAUCUGAUGAACGAUCUGAAGCAGAUGCAAGUGGGGGUGUGGGCAAUGGUGACUUAGCUUCUCAUAACAAAUGGGAUGUACUAAAACAAUUUGGCGAAAUUCAGCGACAAAGCAAGGAUAGAGUUGCAACAGUGAGAUUCAACAAGAAUGGGAAUUUGCUGGCUUGUCAAGCGGCAGGUAAACUUGUAGAGGUGUUCCGUGUACUAGAUGAAGCUGAAGCAAAGCGUAAAGCAAAACGCAGGCUUCAUAGGAAGAGGGAGAAGAAAGGGGCAGAUGUGAAUGAAAAUGGAGAUUCCAGUCGUGGUAUUGAGAAGGACAACACCAUGGUGACGGUUGCUGAUGUUUUUAAGCUCCUCCAGACUAUUCGAGCUAGCAAAAAGAUUUGUUCUAUUUCUUUCUGCCCUGUAGCUCCUAAGAGUUCGUUGGCCACACUGGCAUUGUCAUUAAACAAUAAUCUUUUGGAAUUUCACUCUAUUGAAGCUGAUAAAACUAGUAAAAUGCUAACUAUUGAACUACAAGGACACCGCUCUGAUGUCAGAAGCGUCACCCUUAGUUCUGAUAAUACCCUUCUUAUGUCUACCAGUCACAACUGUAAGAUUUGGAACCCGAGUACAGGUUCCUGCUUGCGAACAAUUGACUCUGGGUAUGGGCUUUGUGGUUUAAUUGUUCCUCAGAAUAAGCACGCACUUAUUGGAACAAAAGAUGGAGCCAUAGAAAUAUUUGAUGUUGGAAGUGGCACUUGUAUUGAAGUGGUAGAAGCUCAUGGAGGCUCUAUCCGGUCAAUUGUGGCUAUACCAAACCAAAAUGGUUUUGUCACUGGCAGUGCAGAUCACGACAUUAAAUUCUGGGAGUAUGGUAUGAAGCAGAAACCUGGUGAUAAUUCCAAGCACCUAACUGUGUCAAAUGGCAGAACCCUGAAGAUGAAUGAUGAUGUUCUUGUGGUUGCUGUGAGCCCAGACGCUCAAAAAAUUGCUGUUGCACUAUUAGACUGCACAGUGAAGGUUUUCUUCAUGGAUUCUCUGAAGCUUAUGCAUUCCUUAUAUGGGCACAGGCUUCCUGUGCUAUGCUUGGAUAUCUCGUCAGAUGGAGAUCUAAUUGUAACUGGCUCUGCAGAUAAAAAUCUGAUGAUAUGGGGAUUGGAUUUUGGUGACCGCCAUAAAUCCAUUUUUGCACAUGGAGAUAGUAUCAUGGCAGUGCAGUUUGUGGGCAACACACAUUAUAUGUUUAGUGUAGGUAAAGAUCGGCUUGUAAAAUACUGGGAUGCUGACAAAUUCGAGCUUCUUUUGACGCUUGAGGGACAUCAUGCUGAUAUUUGGUGCCUUGCAAUUAGCAACCGUGGUGAUUUUUUGGUCACUGGAUCUCAUGAUCGUUCAAUACGCCGUUGGGAUCGUACGGAAGAACCAUUCUUCAUUGAGGAAGAAAAGGAGAAGAGGUUGGAGGAGAUGUUUGAGUCUGACCUUGAUAAUGCAUUUGGGAACAAGUAUGUACCCAAGGAAGAAAUUCCAGAAGAGGGUGCUGUGGCCUUAGCAGAGAAAACUCAAGAGACACUUUCAGCAACUGAUUCAAUUAUUGAGGCGUUGGAUAUAGCAGAAGUGGAGUUGAAACGAAUUGCCGAACAUGAGGUAUCUUGUCUGUACCCUGUUGGAGGUACAUUAGGCCACGCAAGUUCUGUACACAUUUUCAUUAGACUUAUUUUGUGGUACUCUUGCAUUUGAAUUGUCUGCUUCCUA